AUGGCAGAGGCAGCUGUGGAGGAGUGCAACAGGUGGAGGUCGGAGGCUGAAGAAGCCCAGCACGUCGUCCUGGCAACGAGGAUGGAUGUGCAGGAGAGGGAUACCACCAUUCAGCAACUGCAGCAAAAGGUUUCUAAGUAUCGCUCAGAAGCACAUGCGCAAAAGAAAGGCAGUGAAGUGCUUCAGAAACAACUAUCGGUGCUCCAGUUGGACCGGCAGGAUGUGAAGAGGUGCAAUGAGGAGAGGCUGAGGAGCUUGCAAGAGGAGCUGCAAGCCUGCAAGGAUGAAUCAGCCGAGUGCAAAGCGAAGUUCAAAGCAUAUGCAAAUCACCACGCCACAGUUGCUUCCUCAGCAGAAGCAGCCACAGCGGAGGCAACAGCAGAAAUAUGUAAACUUCGCAAAGAGAUGGCUGCCUUGAGGAAGAAUGAACAUAAAGCAAGGGAAGAGUCUGAAGCGAAGGGAUUGGAGGCAGCACGUUGGCGCCAUGCAGCCGAAUACGCAGCGGAUGUUGCUGAGAAGUCACAGCAGCGCAUUGUGGAGAUGGAAGAGCAGCAUGCUGAGGCCAAGCGACAAGGUGAAGCAUGGCGAAUCAAGGCCGAAGCCCAACAAGGGGAAUUGGACAAGCUCAGGGCAGAUUGGAUGUCUGUGCAAGACAGGGAUGCUCGCAGCAUGGCAAAAUUGUCUUGGAUGGAGUCUGCAGUGACAGGCCCCAUACUUGACUGGUGUGCUGAGUACGGCAGUGGGCCCCCAGCUGAAUCAGCAGGACUGGCUCUAGAAACUUCCAAGAAAUCCUGUCAAAGGAAUGACCAGGGGCUGCAGCUUCAACCGGGUCUGGUUUCAUCAGCCCUGCGCGCUGUGCUCGAUGCGGCGUCUGCCCAACGGACAGAAGCGCAAUACAGAAACCAUGAGCAUGAGCGAGAGCUGAAAUCUGUGAGGGAGCAAUGUGAUCAACAACUGGAGGAUGUGGUGUGCCGUUUCAAAGCACAGCAAUCCGAGAUCGCUUCCAGGCAAAGGGAAAGUGCCACAAGGUCGCAGAAGUGGAGGGAGCAAGCCGGGACCCUGGCAGCGGAGGUCGUCGUUUUGAAGACUGAACUUGCAGCUUUCACAGAAGAUGCAAAGCGCCAUUUGCAGGAGGGCUGUGAGGCAUUGUGCGACCUUGCAACAUCGGCCUUGCAAGGAGUGGAACAGCGUCACAUCCAGGAAGUAGAUGCCCUGCAGCGGGGCACGGAAGAGGGAAUGGAGAGGGAGAGGGCUCUGCGGUCGCGGGCCGAAGAGCUGCUGCGACGCAGUAACCAGCUGGACAGCGAAUUGGUGAAGUCGGUAAAAUCGAAACAGAUGCUGGCUGAAGAGGUAGCCCACCUGGGGAACCGCCUCAGCUGCGUGGACCAGCGCUGGAGGGCGGAAAAGGAACGUUUCAUGUACCAACUCCUGGAGAAGGAAAAGGACAUGGCGACACUCAAAGGCCAGCUGGACGAUUCUGAGCGCGCUCUGCUUCAGCUACGUCGACAGUCACAGUCAGUGGAUGCGCACGCCGCCCAGAAGCAGGAGCACAUUCUGAAUCUUGAAAAGGAGGUGCGGCGCCUGUCGGAGGCCGCAGACACGAGUGGAGUGGCUCUGGAGAAGGCGACCGAAAAAAAUCGAUGCCUGGAGGACCUGGCGUGUCACAAUGAAGGCAUCGUGCGGCGGCAGGAGGAACAAAUAGAGGAGCUCAACAGGUUACUCAAUGCUGGCGCCGUCGGCCACGGCGGUCACUACCACUCGCAGAGCCCGGAGAGUUUCUUCACGCACGUGCCAGGAAUGGUCGUCGUCGUGCCGAGCUCUCCUGCAGAUGCCAAGGGUAGGACUGCUGCUGGCGUGUAUUGA